GCAAAAACACAAAAGGGGGCGGGGUGUGACGUCAAUUUUCUGCGUCCAGCGAGGUAUUUCUUUUUCAGUUGAAUUAGACGUUAGGAGCGUCUAAUUAUAAAGAUGCCUCUGCCACCAGCUCUCCUGGCUCGUCUGGCCAAGAGAGGAAUCGUGAAACAGUCAGACCAAGAAGCUGAAGAGGAAAUCAUUGCUGAGGACUAUGAUGACAACAAUGUAGACUAUGAAGCCACAAGGCUUGAAAAUCUACCCAUUAACUGGUACAAAGUGUUUGACCCAAAUUGUGGACUUCCGUACUACUGGAACGUAGAGACAGACAUGGUGUCCUGGCUGUCCCCCAACGACCCCACCGCAGUCAUCACUAAAGCAUCGAAGAAGCAGAGAGUGGAGAUCGCAGACGACAGAGCGGACGGUCACCACGAGAAACCCGACAGAGAGCACGAUCGCGACAAAGAGCGAGAGCGGGACCGUGAUCGGGAUGACGGGAGGGACCUGGGAAGAGAGCGAGAUAGGGAUAGGGAUCGGGACCGAGACCGAGACCGGGACAGACGGAUGAGAAGAGAGGACAGCGGCCCGUACAGCAAAUCCAAGAGAGGGGGAAGCCGCAAGCAGGAAGAGUUGGAUCCUAUGGAUCCCAGUGCCUACUCAGAUGCCCCAAGGGGCUUGUGGUCCACCGGGUUGCCCAAGCGUAACGAGGCUAAGACGGGAGCAGACACGACGGCGGCAGGACCCCUGUUCCAGCAGAGGCCGUACCCCAGUCCCGGAGCCGUGCUUAGAGCCAACGCUGAACACACCAGACGUCUAGAGGAAGAGGAUGAUGAUGAUGACUAAGUAGGAGGAAAGCAUCUACAGAGCCUUUAUAACAACCUGGAGAAUAAUAAACACGAACAGCCUUUAAACAGUACACACAGCUAUCCGGAAAAUGAUUCACGUCAGUCAUAUCUUUCCCUAACAGUUGCCCCCUCUUCAUUUCAUAACAUCGCCAAUCCUGUCAGGAACGGAUAUGGAUCAGUGUCAUGGUGUUGAAAUUUGACACAUCCUAUGGUUUCCUUUGACAAAUUUUAGACACCAUCUCGUCACGUGUUCACGCCUCAGACUCGAACAACUGUCAGAAAUCUAGUCUGCAUUAAAGGCUUUUUUUAAAUGGGUUUUCAUCCUGCCUCUGUAUCCCGGUGCCACAGUUUGAAUGGCAACUCUUCACAUGUCGGUUCAGUGUGUUUUGUAAAUCUCACUAUGUAUUAUACAUUUUGUAGAAAGGCAGAAUUGCAGAGCCUCUUUUAACAGUUGGAUGAUCUUCCAUUUAUUGAUGUUUAAUGGAAAUGUUAAAUUUCUUGGCUUGUUAAAUCAGUUGUUUUUUUUGUUUUGUUUUAAAUAUUAAUAAUAAAAAAAAUAACACUGG